UCAGAGGGUCGCAUAGGCUGGGUAUGGGGCAUAUACUAGACAGCGAGUCUCAAUGUAAUUAUAGCGAGAUGUCUUAUGUUUGUGUGUUGUGAAUGCCUAUUUGCCAAGAUGAAUUUACCGAUAAGAUGGAUUAAAAGCGGAAAAUACUAAGUAUCAGGACGAAGAUGGUAGGAAGAGGGUGGUGGUUGCUGGUGUGGACAGUGUAUGCUGCUUGGACAGUGUGCUUUGUAUGUGGAGGGCUGUCUUGUCAACAGGGUCAGGAGUUUUACGACAGCGAACAGGGCCGGUGUGUGUCAUGUACACGUUGCCACGGUUCCCAGGUGGUGGUGGUUCCAUGCUACGUGUAUCGGGAUGCUGUAUGUGCCCCUGCUGCUCAGUUCCUUCCUACCUGGUCACGGCUCACUCAACCCCAAGCCCCCAUCACCCUCUCCACACCAACCACCAUGCAAAACCACACACAAGAAGAACAUGGACACGGGAAAAGGAUUUCAACAUUUUCCAAUGAUAAGCGAAAGCAUUUGAAUAACCAUAGAAAAACUUCUGGUCAUCAGGAAGGAAAAUCUGGCACAAAUAAGGCACCUUCCAAUAAAAGCAUGCAUAGCAAAAAGAAUCACAGAAAAUUACAUAACCAAAAUGGCUCGGAAAAGACCAAAAAAGGGAAAUCAAAGCACCACCACCGUCAUAGACACAGUGGAGAACGCACUGAGCAUAGAGCACAAAAUAAAUCUCUUAUGGUGAACAGAGAGGAAGCUGUAAGUGGUGUCCACAUUAGUCAGAAAAUUGGUGCUAGUGAAUCAGUGAAUGAGAACACAAGUGUUCGUGAGUCAGUUAACCACACCAGAGAAAGUGGUGGUGAUAGAAAGGAGUCAGUAAAGGACAUCAGUGAUGGUGCUAAUAGUGAUAAGGAUAAAGACAGUGACUCACAUCGGCCAGAUACUGCAGACUGGCAAAGAACUAUUUUUCUCACAGUUGUCAUUGUUAUUAGUAUAUGUGUUGUUGGGCUCACCAUCGCUACACUUAGUCAUCUAAGAAACAUCAUCACUAAGCGAAAAUUGAAAAGAGUCAAUGAUACAGUUGCUGAAGAAAAUAAUGGAGAGAUGAGAGUGAUGGAACAUCUUUUGCCAUCUCAUCCUGCUGCACUUACAAGCAGAUCAACAGUGACAACUAGGAGAGCUGGUGUUACUUAUGUGAGAUCUUCUGCCACCACCCCACCUGUCCCACCAGCUUCCACUACCACGGCUGGUGAAGUGGCAGUACUGGACUCUGAACAAAUAUCUGGUCAUGUAUACCCACCCAUUCCAUUCACAAUGGAUAGACUACUAGAACAGCGAAGAGUGUUGGGUCCAUCAUCAUCUGUAGAUACAAAUCUCUACAUUGAAAGCUGGCAACAGCAAGAUAAUCACCCAGCAGUGCAACACCCACCAUCUGCCAGCUCCUUUACUGCUGGUCCCCGAACUUUUCUGAGGGGAACAGUAUCUGCUUGUCCAAGCCCAGUGCCAGUUCGUACUUACCGAUUGGGACCUGCAUCAGCUUCAGCUAGCCCAAUCUUCCCUGUCAGAGGAUUGGGGCCCACUCGAGGACGCAUGCGUGGAACACUUAUAUCAGCUGCAUGUGCCUUGUCUGGUAGCAGUGGUGGUGUAGUAAGUGAUUGUACCUCGGUUGCACCCACAUAGCAGUCUACAAAGCAGAUCAAGAAUGGUGAAUACCAGUGGGUUUUCCUUACAUUGCAGCAAUGCCAUUCAUUGUACAAGUUGUAAAAAGUGAUUUACUUAAUCUUGUGAUGUUGAGACCACAGAAGUGAUCAGGUCUCACUUGAGACAGCUAUUAGUCAUCAAAAUUAUGCCUUAAAAUAAGUUUUUGUGGAAAUUGAAAUGUGUGACAGCUUAUCAUGUGAGCUAUGUUGCAUCCAGUUUUCAUUGCAGCUCAUCUACAUAAGAGGCUUAUCCACUUAAUUCUAAGCAGCUCAUUGUGGCAGCUUACCUUGUAUGAUAGCUUCAUCUUUUGUUCAUAGACUUUUGCUCAGAAUAUUCCCAUGACUUCUUGGUGGAGAACAUUACACCUCAUGAAAAAUAUUUAGUAAAAUAAUAUUUUAAUUACAAUAUAGCAAUACUAUGUAUUGAAUCAAAAUUGUUUAAGAGUCAUCCCAUGAGCGGGUAUAAUAUGCCACAGGCAUUCAAGAAGUGAUCAGGAUUUCUUAAAGUAGCUUUGUAGACCCCAAGCGGUGCUCUGGCACUUGAAUAUUACAAAGUAAUUGGGCACAUGUUGAUGUGUACUGUACUGUACAUAAUAUGUAUACUGUAUUUAUAUGAGACCUGUAAAUAGACAAUAUAUUUGUGUGACAGUGUUUUGAUAGUACUGUACUGUAAUUGGCAUGUGUGUGUGUGUGUGGCUGUAAAAAUUUGUGUACAGUACUCCAAUAUUGUCAAGUUGUAGAUACGAGUACACCAUGGCUCAAGUUUGUGUGCGUUUCUUACUGCUCAAGAGUUGUAUUCUGGGUAUUACUUUAUUAAAAAAAAAGUUUUGCCCUAGUGUUCUCGGUUUACAAAUGAAUAUUGCAUUACAUCGCAUGGAAUGUGUGUAAUUUUCCAGUAAUUUGGGAGAAAUGACUUGCAAAUGAUUUAAAAAAAAAGUGCUAUAUUGGGUCUGCUCAGCUCUUCAGUGCCAAUUGUGCCAUACUGUGUGAUAAUUGUACUUAGCUCGAGGACACAUUUUUUUAUUGUAACAUGAGUAUUUCUUCAUAGGAACAAUUAGCUAUGGCAAAAAAAAAUUAAUUACUAAUUACACAUGAGCAUCUUAAUUUGAAUAAAGUGCAAAUGUGUUCUAUGUUGUGUAAAUGUUUUCUUUAUAUACAUAUCAUCCACAUCCAAUAUUAAACAAAAUUUAGGAUGUAAAGUGUAUUUUUAUUUUUGUAGGUUCAGUCUUGUGUCAUGUUACUUGGUCAAAAAAGUAUUAAAUGCUUUAUCAUUACCAUAUCCCAAGGAAUGGGAUCUUAGCAGAAUCUCUUUUUUUUUUUUUUUCCCCCCAGACAGAUCUGUCCCAAGUUUCCUCAAAUUCUUCCUUUUGAUGUUAUGAUGACAAAUUCUGUUUCACAUCUUACUACUUUUAGCAUUCUUAUGUUGGCAAAUAUCUUCAUAUUUACUUUGUUAAUACCUAAGGUCUUAAACUGCCAGUAUGUUUGAUGCCUUCUCAGUCAAGAUAUGGGCAUCAUAUUUUCCUGGUCUGCUUGCCUACAACCUCUAAAUGAAUAUUUCUGUUUGAAAGUACCUUUACACAUUCAAGUUUUGAAAGUUAAACAUUAGAUUUAAACUAUUUAUUUAUAAAUUUACAUUUUGCUGUGUUGUAACAUCAUUGAAUUUACCAAUGCUUUUGAGUAUAAAAAACAAGAUGUGUAUAAGGAAAUGCAAGAUUAGAAAGCCAGAUAAAAUAAUAGGAUUUAUUUAUCUUAUAUGAAUGUAUUCACUUCAAAAGGCAUUACAGCAUUUUAAAAUGUAUUGGCAAGUACUGUUUUGGCUGAUUCAUACUUAAAGGAAACAUAAAUGGGAGAAAAGGUUUUCUUUAAAAUUUAGGCAUGUAAUGUUAUAGAUUUUUUAAUUUUGUCUAUAUUAAGAGGAAGCUUUUUAAGAAAGAUUUAUAUUUGAAGUAAUACCCGCCAUUUAAGUUGCUUUUGAAUUCAAAAAUUUUGCUGUUUAUUGUUAAAAAAAAAUCCAAAACUGUAUAGCUAUGAAUGGUAAACCUGCAGUAAUUAAAUUAACUUGUGGGCAUAGGUAUUUCAGUUUACAUAUGCAGUAUACAGUAAUUAUUUUUGAAGUCAUAUCUCUUCAAGUUCUGAUACAGUAUGACAUAACUGAUGAAAUAUUUUGGUUAAUAUUGUAUAUCACAUUGUAUUGAUGAUAAUUUACUCAUCGGUUGUAAUCAAAUAAUGACACAUUAAGAUUUGCCACACGAUGUUACAAUCCCUAGUCACAUGUACCUCUAGCAGUAGCACUGAGUAUUGUAGUAAAGAUUUAUUUAUAACUUCGCCCAAUUGGCGUUUCAUGUACAAUGUAGCAUUUUCACUCCUUUUUCUGUAAGAUCCACACAUACAUUCCAAAUUAGGUUUGCCUCUCGACAGUUGGUCAGCUUUACAAUCAUUAUACGUUUAUAUAUCAUUUAUCAUUAUUCUAUUUUAGAUCAUCACUGCAUUUAGGUCGUAACAAAAAUACUAAAAAUCUUACCAGCAGGAAUAAUGACUACUCUAAGGUUUGGGAGCAGCCAGGUUGUCAGAUGGUAAAAUAUUAGAUUUGUCAUUUUUGUGUCAUUCCAAGGGAUCAUAUAUAAUAAUGCAAGUUUUGUGUAGUUCCAAGGGAACUUGUACAAUAAUGCAAAUUUUGACAAAAUGGUUAAGAGGCUAUAACUACCUGUUUAAAAAAAUUAUUUGUCAAGUGUUUUGCAAGUUUCAAAACACAUGUUCAAGACUUUCAAAGUACCUUUGUGUAUUUUAUAUGCCAAUAUCCACGGUGACAACAAAGAUAAAUACACAGUUUCAGUUUAAAAAAAAAAGUAUGUAAAAUAUCAAAGGUACAAAAUAUCAAUAUAACUGCUCAUUAAUAAAUGAAUGAUAUGCAUUGUAUGCAUGUGUAGAUGUCUGGGUGAAUUGUAUAUACACUACAUAUACAUGAUGUACGAAUGCCUCUGUUACUUAUUGGAACUUUUUAUAAAGUACAGAAUGUGGACUGUAUUUGAUUUGUGCAUGUACCAAUUUACUGCACAACUAAGUAAUCAGUUUAAUAAAAUAUAUGAACAGUUCUAAGAGUGUGUAUUUGAAUAUGAGAGAGAGGUGCACGCUCGCUAAAUGUGUUCAUAAGUUUUUUCAGCAUUGAGAGCAAUACAAAUGAUUUCAAGUAAAUGUACAGUAUACUUAUCUGUGUCUAGAGUGAUGAUGCUACCUUUACAUGGAAAGUCACUACAGUUUUUCAGACAUUAUAUUUUAGAAAUAUAAUUUGAUAAUCCUGCAUUUAUAUUUGUUAGCUUUGUUCCUUUUGAAAUGUAUAUAAAUUUUCAUGCAAAAUUAUUUUAAAAUAUAAUUUUUAUUGAGAAUGUUGCAAAUUCCUAUCCACAUAAAUGUGGAUAAAAACAGGUCAAGGAAUAGAAAGAUACUGUAAUUUGAGAAUCAUUUGAUAAAGCUCAAGAUAACUCAUGCGCAGUCUUAAAACGGAGGCUAAUCCUGAAACAAUUCAUGUUCUGGUCAGUACGUUUUGUUUUUCUACCAAACAUUCUUUAUGUAUUUGUCGUUACCUCUUGUUCUUCAACCAGACAUUGUCCUCCUUGUACUUGUCAGCAUUUCUUCUUCCUCUCCUUCAACCUGACAUUCUUUAUGCACUUAUCACUAUCUUUUUUUCUAGUUUGAAAUUAUUCUUUGUAUACUAGUCAAUAUCUUUUGUACUUCAGCCUGGCUACAUGUUUAUACUGCAGUCCAAUGAGAUGCAUAAGAGUGAGAUGCGUGUUUAGGUACUGUAGGAAAAUAUAUAUAUACUGUAUAUAGUACAUGUCUGGGUGGUAUUGUAAGAUGGCAUUCAACUGUUUAGAAAUUUAGAUGUAUGAAAGUUAAGCGUGUUUUAAAAGUAGCAGAGUGGGGCCGUAAAAGAUACGAGUGAAAUAAACCUCAUAUACAAAUCAUUUCAGUUAUUUAUGUGCAGUUUUAUAAAAGAAUGUAUUGGAUCUGUUUGAUGAAAUAAUACAUAUUAUUUUCAGCAAUAUUUUUGUGCAAUGUUUUUUAUAUUUAAGUAUAAAAACGUUGGAAGCCCAACAGUCAAAAAAUUACAACAAAGUUUAUAAUAAAAAUAAAAGGGACAAGCUCA